AUGGUCUCCUCCUCCGUCCUGGGCUUCCCCCGUAUGGGGCGCCUGCGCGACUUGAAGAAGGCGAACGAGGCAUACUGGGCAGAUAAGCUCUCCCAGCAGGAGCUCCUCGAUGAGGGCAAGCGACUGCGUCUCGAGCACUGGAAGAUCCAGAAGGACGCUGGUGUCGACAUCAUCCCCAGCAAUGACUUUGCUUUCUACGACCACGUCCUGGACCACAUUCAGAUGUUCAAUGCCAUCCCAGAGCGAUACUCCCAGCACAAGCUCGAUCCCAUCGAUCAGUACUUCGCCAUGGGCCGUGGACACCAAAAGGGCGAUGUGGACGUGCCAAGCUUGGAAAUGGUAAAGUGGUUCGACUCGAACUACCACUAUGUCAAGCCCACUCUCCAGGAUAACCAAACCUUCAAGCUCGCAUCGGACCCGAAGCCCAUCAGGGAGUUCCUCGAAGCUAAAGAAGCUGGCAUCACUACCCGUCCAGUCAUCGUAGGCCCCGUCUCCUUCCUCGCGCUUGGAAAGGCAGACCGUGGCCAGAGCGUUGACCCGAUCUCCCUGCUCGACAGCCUGCUCCCGGUAUACGUCGAGCUCCUCGAGGGCUUGAAGAAGGCCGGUGCCGAGACCGUCCAAAUUGACGAGCCUGUCCUAGUCUUCGAUCUCCCGCAGAAGAUCAAGGACGCUUUCAAGCCAGCCUACGAGAAGCUUUCCGGCUCGAACAUUCCUCAGCUCGUCCUUGCAACCUACUUCGGCGAUAUUGUGCAUAACUUCGAUGUCAUCCCGGCUUUCUCACAGCUGUAUGCUCUCCACGUCGAUCUUGUCCGGCAUCCCGAGCAGCUCGAGAGCGUCAUUGGGCAAAUCGGCGACAAGCAAACUCUUUCUUGCGGUGUUGUCGACGGACGCAACAUCUGGAAGACAAACUUCAAGAAGGCCAUUGAGCUAGUUGAGACCGCUGUUCAGAAGCUUGGCAAGGAGAGGGUCAUCGUUGCCACCUCCAGCUCCCUCCUCCACGUCCCACACACUCUCGACAGCGAGAAGAAGCUGCCAGAAGAAGUUAAGGACUGGUUCUCUUUCGCCGUGCAGAAGGCUUCAGAGGUUACCAUUAUUGCCAAGGCCGUCACUGAAGGCCCCGCCUCUGUACGGGAGCAGCUGGAGGCCAACGCCAAGUCCAUGGAAGCUCGCGCUUCUUCCAAGCGGACUAACGUCCCCGAAGUUAAGGAGCGCCAGUCCAAAGUCUCCGAAGACAUGCAUAACCGCAAAUCGCCCUUCCCGGAGCGCUACGCCCAGCAGAAGGAGCACCUGAAACUGCCGAUCUUCCCCACCACCACGAUCGGUUCAUUCCCUCAGACCAAGGAGAUCCGCAUCCAGAGGAACAAAUUCACCAAGGGCGAGAUUACUGCCGAGGAGUACGAGGAGUUCAUCGAGAAGGAGAUCCAGGAGGUCGUCAAAAUCCAGGAUGAGCUCAACCUCGAUGUCUAUGUCCACGGUGAGCCUGAGCGGAACGACAUGGUCCAGUACUUCGGUGAGCGAUUGGACGGUUAUGACUUCACCACCCACGGCUGGGUUCAGAGCUACGGCUCCCGCUGCGUGCGGCCACCAAUCAUUGUGGGUGACAUUUCACGCCCGGCUCCAAUGACCGUCAAGGAGUCGAAGUACGCCGCUUCCAUCUCCAACAAGCCCAUGAAGGGUAUGCUCACGGGCCCCAUCACCUGUCUGCGGUGGUCUUUCCCCCGUGACGAUGUCCACCAGUCCGUCCAAGCACAACAGCUGGCCCUGGCCCUCCGCGACGAAGUCGUCGAUCUCGAGGCCGCCGGUAUCUACGUCAUCCAGGUCGACGAGCCUGCCCUACGUGAGGGUCUCCCGCUCCGCUCCGGCCGUGAGCGCGAGAACUACCUCUCGUGGGCCGUUGACUCGUUCAAGCUGUCGACUGCCGGCGUUAAGGACUCCACUCAGAUCCACUCCCACUUCUGCUACUCCGAGUUCCAGGAUUUCUUCCACGCCAUCGCUGCGCUCGAUGCUGAUGUGCUGUCCAUCGAGAACAGCAAGAGCGAUGCUAAGCUCCUCAAGGUCUUCGUUGAGGAGUCAUACCCAAGGCAUAUUGGCCCGGGUGUCUACGACAUUCACUCGCCACGUGUGCCGAGCGAGCAGGAGAUCAAGGAUCGCAUCGAGGAGAUGCUUCAAUACCUCAAGCCCGAUCAACUCUGGGUAAACCCUGACUGCGGUCUCAAGACCCGCCAGUGGAAGGAGACCAAGGCGGCCCUGACCAACAUGGUCAACGCCGCGAUCUUCUACCGCGAGAAGUACUCCAAGUCCUCAUAG